UAAAAAAAUUGGAAGAACCACAGACGCGAGGGCCGUGGUGGUCGGAAAGAGAAGGAUGAUGUUAAGCUGCGGCGUGUCUACGUCAUCUUACCGUGUUCCUCACGUCGUAACCUUCUGUUACAACAACCCUAAUCAUCCAACCGCUAAACAUGGUGAAUUGGAGUCGGUGGUAACGAGACGAGCUUUAUCUCUCCUCGCAACGUCGAUGGCGACGGCAACAACCGCAAUGUUUUCAGUCCCAAUAUUGUUUUGCGACUCUUCAGCUCGUCGCUCAGAAGCUUCCGCUUCCGCUUCCGCCACCUCCACCUCCACCUCCACCGCCACUGGUACUCAAUUUUCUGAACUGCCUCAAUCUGGAGGUGUAAAGGCGUUGGAUCUUCGAAUUGGCGAUGGAGAUUCUCCCGUUAAUGGCGAUAAGGUUGCCAUUCAUUACUAUGGAAGGUUAGCUGCUAAGCAGGGAUGGCGCUUUGAUUCAACAUAUGAUCACAAAGAUGAAACUGGUGAACCAGUUCCCUUUAGCUUCAUUCUUGGUUCAGGCAAAGUCAUACAGGGGAUGGAAGAAGCAGUUAGAUCAAUGAAAGUUGGAGGUAUUCGUCGAGUCAUCAUCCCGCCAUCACAAGGAUAUCAAAACAUGUCUCAAGAGCCUAUUCCACCAAAUUUCUUUGACAGGCAAAGGCUGUUUACUACAAUUUUCAAUCCUACACGCCUUGCAAAUGGGGAAGGCUCUACUUUGGGGAUUCUCAUAUUUGACAUUGAACUUGUCAGCCUAAACCACCUCUAAACAGUAAACUUCUCGAUCGGACGAGUAAACUACGUUGUUCGUACCUGUCGUUUGUUGACAAUUGCUAUUUUCGUCCCCGUCUUUUCUAAAUUAUGGUUUUCCUCCAUGUGAAUUACUAUUCGUUGUUGUAUUCAUCCGUGUGGUUUACAGGUCAUUGCUGUUUUCGUCUCUCGGUAAAGCACUGAAGGAGUUUUCCUCAGGGACGAAAAACAAUGAACUGCUGACCAUAGGGACUAAAACUGUAAUUUCAAAAGUACAAGGAUGAAAGUCGCAAUUUUUAACAAACCGUAGAAACGAAAAAACGCAGUUUUAAUCCAGCCGAUUACUUGGUCAUCCAAAUAAGGAUAAGCUUCCACCGGCCCUUCCAUCUUACCGUGGCUAUCUAGUCAUUGACCCAUUUGCUUGCGAAACAUAUCCUCACUUCGUGCUGUUCCCUUAUGCAUGAUGAUUACUGAUUCAAAUUGCUGCAAUAAGCCACCUCUCCGCUCUCCGCUACGAGGUUGGCAGCAACGUGAGCCAACACCAGCAGAAAGGAGGAGGAGACGGAAGGCUGUAAGAAUCGUAGCUUAAAAGACCACAUUUCUGUAUUUAUCUUGCACCUAACUAAAAACCCAACAAAAUUUAUCUUUAUCCAUACGUGAUUGUGAUGUAUCAAACAAAUACCGUACACAGUGACCAUUUUGGAUACCCGAAAUCACAAAUAUUUUGGGUC